CGAUGUUCAAAUGUUCGUCACCUGGCCGGGCUAUAAAUAGGAUCCCUACCACUGCUCGAUAUCAUUCAGAGUCGAAAGCUCGUCUAGCGCACAUCGCUCGCUUCGCUCAGUGUUUUAUUAGUUCAGUGCAAAUAUGUCUUACGAAAUGUUACAAGUUGAAGAAACUCAACCCAUCUCAAGAACCUAUCAAUAUAGGAAAGUUAUGAAGCCCAUGUUGGAAAGAAAACGUCGUGCAAGGAUCAACCGUUGCUUGGACGAGUUAAAAGAAUUAAUGGUUACAGCUUUACAAAGUGAAGGAGAAAAUGUUUCCAAACUGGAAAAAGCUGACAUCUUGGAGUUAACAGUACGUCACCUCCACAAACUACGUCGUCAAGAAAGACUCAGUGCCAACCCUGUCAUCGAUGCCGAUAGAUUCCGUGCCGGAUACACACAUUGUGCCAAUGAAGUAUCAAGAUGCUUAGCAGGUACACCAGGAGUCGAUGUACAACUAGGAACCAAAUUGAUGACCCACUUAGGAACCCGUCUAAAUGAAAUGGAUAAAGUGUCACCCCUAGUUAUACAAGUUACAUCCCCAUACACACCACCCAGUUCUCCAGUAGCAGAAGAAAUCACAACCAUUGGUUACCCAAUGCCUUUGACACCAGCUUCAUCAAUUUCCUCCAGAAACACACACAGUCCAAACCAACCAAUGGAUUGUACCACCUCUGGUUUAUUGAAGGUUGCACAAAAAAACGAAAUCUGGAGGCCAUUUUAAACGUUUACUGAAAAUUCCAAUAAACUCGAUUGCUCAAGUGCUUUAACAUUAGUUUUUAGUUGAUCUCUAAUAAUUGUAAUUCUAUUAUUUUUUUAAAUAGAACUAAAGCUUUAAAUUAUGGUAGGGAACCUAUUGUAUGUAUUUUAACAGAUUGUUUUAUAGAUUUUUAUGUGAUAUAUAUAUUAUUAUUAUACCUAAAUAGUAACUGUGAUGUCAAGGCAAUGUUUUUAUAGAAAUGGUAAUCAAAUUCGAUUUUGAUGCAUAUAUGUUUUGUAUAUCACAAGCAUAACUGUGAUAAGGUUUUGUAUUUUUUCUUAAAAAAAUACCAAUUGAAAAUAAAUAUUCAUGUUUAUAUAAACC